GUCAACUUCAUAGAAAUGUAUUAUUAGACACUCACUCGACACAUGUAGGAAACAAUAUACCUUUGCUAUUGAGUGGCCUACUCGUUUGCAUUCUCACUAAAGCAUUUUUAAAUCGUCCGGUGCAUUGAAGAUGCAUCUCAAAACGCAUUCUUUACCAUGCGUUUGUGAAAAAUGUGGAAAAAGCUUCAGUAGACCGUGGUUAUUAAAAGGUCAUCAGCGAACACAUACAGGUGAGAAACCGUACUCUUGUUCGUUCUGUGGCCGGUAUUUCGCUGAUCGUAGCAAUCUCAGAGCACAU